CAGACGUCAGCACUCAGCAGAGCAGACGUGCGCAAAUUAUUCGUACGACGUCGCGCAUGGUUGCAACAUACGUAUAUCUAUAUAUUUUGCAGCCGUUUCGUAGUUGUGUCGUAGCUGAUUGGUUGUGUAGUAGAGAAACGAAACGGAACUUACGGAACGACGAACGUGAAAUAUCAUUGAGGUCACCAGAGUGUCUUUGAAAGGUUAUCGAACGUAGUCUUCUCGAAUUUGAACUCGGUCACAUUCGUGCCCGACAUUCGUUCCGAAUAUGUUGCCACGAUUUCUGAAGCCCACGUUGACCGUCGCCCAGCAAGGAGCGAAGCGGCUCUCCACGAGCGCUCGGCGUGAUGCUAAGGUCGCAGUUAUGGGUGCUAGUGGUGGAAUCGGUCAGCCGCUAUCAUUGCUCUUGAAACAAUCGCCUCUCAUAACUGAAUUAUCAUUGUACGAUAUCGUGAACACGCCAGGUGUCGCUGCUGAUCUUUCACACAUGGACACCAAGGCGAAAGUAAAAGCUUUCACCGGUCCUAAUGAGUUGAAGGAGUCAGUUAAAGGAGCUCAGGUGGUCAUUAUACCUGCUGGUGUACCACGUAAACCAGGAAUGACUAGAGAUGAUCUCUUCAACACAAAUGCUUCUAUAGUAAGAGACCUUGUCCAGGCUGUUGCUGAAAUGUCUCCAAAAGCACUUAUCGCCAUUAUUUCUAAUCCAGUUAACAGCACAGUGCCCAUUGCCUCUGAAGUAUUGCAGAAGGCUGGUGUUUAUGACCCUAAGAGAGUAUUUGGUGUAACUACCCUGGAUAUUGUUAGGGCAAAUACAUUUAUUGCUGAAGCAAAAGGUCUUGAUCCACAGAAGACAUCGGUACCAGUUAUUGGGGGACACAGUGGUAUUACUAUCAUUCCACUGAUUUCACAGUGCAAACCAUCAGUUUCCUUCCCAGAAGAUCAGCUAAAAGCUCUUACGUUGAGAAUCCAGGAAGCAGGUACAGAGGUUGUCAAGGCAAAGGCUGGUACAGGUUCUGCCACACUUUCAAUGGCAUACGCGGGUGCUCGAUUUGGUUUGUCGUUGAUCAGAGCACUCAAUGGAGAACAGGGUGUCGUGGAAUGUGCUUAUAUCAGAUCAGACGUUACAGCGUCGAAAUAUUUCUCGACACCUGUUGUUUUGGGUAAAGCAGGAGUUGAGAAGAAUCUCGGUCUUGGUACUCUUAGCAGCUAUGAAAAGCAACUAUUGGAUGAAGCUAUUCCAGAACUCAAGAAGAACAUUCAGAAGGGAGAAAAUUUCGUGAACAAGAAAUGAAUACUGUAAAUCUGUGAAGUACUAGAUAGAGGCUUGAUUGUGACCACAAACAGGAAGGAGUCAAUAAUUUGAAAUAUUCGUCGUAAAGUUCUCGCGUUGUACGCGAAUCGAUAGGUAUCCGAAAGGUGGAUCCUUUAUAUGUGUAUAUACCUACCAAUCGGUAGGUGAACCUGUAUUACGUACCAUACAGAAUAGAGUAAAAUUCAUUUCUUAUGAAUAAGUAAAGAAACGUACAAAAUCCGGAGGACAGAGCAAGCAGUUUUACUACAUAUUAUAAAUAAUACUCGUAGGCCUCGAUGAAAAAACGUGUCAAAUCUUAAAACAUGAUGUAGCUAAUUUGAAAAUAAAACAAGUCU